GGCUGCUCCGCUCCAUUCAUUCUCCUCGCGGCAUCGAUAAGAGCCGCACGCGGGGCCUUUGCGCAAGAGGUUUUGCAACUCCCCGCCCGCUCCCCCCUCCUCCUCCGCCGUCUGCGCGAUGCUGCGGGACGUGGGGGUCGUCACCGUCACCUGCCUGCAGCUCCUGCUGCUGGCGGGCGGCGCGCAGCCUCGGCCCCGCGCGUGGGACGAGGACGGGCAGCAGCUGGAAGCCAUCAAACACGGCAUCCUGCGGCGCUUGGGCAUGGCCGGGCCCCCCCCCGUGCCGCACGCUCCGGACCCGGAGAGCAUCAGCCGAGCGCGGCGGCUGUACGAGCGGCGCGUGGCCGAACUGCGAGGGAACCGCAGCCGGGAACGGGAGGAGCGCGACGGAGCGGCGGCCGCGACGCGUUGGCACCGCCUGACCGCCAUCCUGCGGCGCCUGCCGGACCCCCCCCGGGGAGAGCGGGACCCCCAAGGGGGGCAGGAACCACCCAGAGGACACCGGGACCCCCACGGAGAGCCGGAUCCCGACGGCGACCAGCACUCCCACGGGCAGCGGGACCCCGAAGGUCACCGGGACCCCCGCGGACGCUGGGAGCCCCCCGGGCCGUACCGUUACCUCCUGCUGGUGCCGCGCACCGGAGCUCUCCGCCAGAGGCCGCAGGUGCUGCGGGCACGGCUGCCGCUCCCCCCGCACUCAGCACCGCUCCGGGUCAGCAUUUACACCCCCGGGGGGUCCGGCGGGGCCCCGCGUCUGCUGCAAGGCCGGGAUUUGGACCCCCGCUCCCUCCACCUGGACCUGACAUCACUCAUCCGGCACUGGGCCGCCGGCAGCAGCGCCGCGCUGCGCUUAGAGCUGACCUUCAGCUCUGACGCGUCGGCUCCGUGGGACGGCACCGGAACCGGGAACGCGGUUCUGGAAGUGGAAACGUGGGACGGGGAGGGGCGGGGAGCGAGGAGACGGCGGGGGCUGGAGGAGGAGUGCGGGAAGAGCGAGGGGAAAUGCUGCCGGCGGGUGCUGAAGGUGUCCUUCCAGGAGAUCGGGUGGGACGACUGGGUGCUGGCGCCGCGCAGCUACGACAUGCGCUUCUGCCAGGGCUCCUGCCCGCACAACUACCGCGCCGCCAGCAUGCAUGCGCAGAUCCAGGCCCGCGUGCACGCCCUGAGCCGCGCUGCCCCGGCGCCCUGCUGUGUGCCGGCUGCCUACGACCCCAUGGUGCUGAUGCACUACGAUGGAGAGGGCAGGUUGGUCAGCUCUGUCUUCGAGGAUAUGUUGGUCACUCGCUGUCACUGCGCCUGAGGGCACCGCUGGGUGGAGGGGUCCCCACCUCCAUCUAUGGGGACCUGUCUGUCACCUCUGGGUGCAGGGAGCAGCGCUGCUGGGUGUAGGGAUCUGCCAGAUGUGGACGUUGGGUUCCAUCACCCCCACCAAAGGGUUCCGUUACGUCUGGAUACAGGAAUCCAUCAGCUCUGGGUCUGGGGAUCCAUCGCCUCCAGACACAGGAAUCCCUCACCUUCGUCUAAAGGAAUCCAUCGUUGCAAACAGGGACUGGCAGCUCUGUUGCAGGGCUCCAUCCCCUCUGGAUGUAGGAACUCGUCAUCUCUGUCCAUAUGGACCCACCACCUCCACCUGCAGGGACCCCUCGCCUCCCGAUGCUGAUGUCUGACCUCCUGCUGCAGGGCCCCCACCCCAUCCUGGUGGCACCGACCCCAGGGCCGCAGACCCCACUGCCAUCACUCCACACCAUAACUUA